AUGCGUUCAUUUCAUGUGAACCGUUGCACUUUGAAACAUUACCGUUAUUGUUGUAUUACGUAAUGACAGUUAUGAACUGUCAAACGUCUAAUUUUAAACCUAAUAGUUGGCACUCCAUCAAAAUAGCACCGAAAUGAAGAUGUAAUGUUGAAUUUUAUUUACAAAAUUCAAAUUUGCCAGAUUAUUUUUUGACAAAUAUGUCGAAAACGUUGGGCCGUGUAUUAGUUGGCGGUGGAACAGGUUUUAUAGGAACAAACCUCUGCAAAUCCUUAAAAACGCAUGGAUACGAUGUAACAAUAAUCUCAAGAAUGCCAGGUCCAAUGAGAUUAACCUGGCAUGAUAUAAAGAAGGAUGGUAUCCCAAAUAAUACAACUGCAGUUAUUAAUUUAGCAGGACAAAACGUCUUAGAUAUGAGCCGUCGUUGGACUGAAGGUUUCAAACAAAACGUCUUCAAUUCACGAGUAGAGACCACAUCAGUGUUAUCGAGAGCAAUAGCUGAAUCGAAAGCUAAACCUGGUUCUUUUGUUACAAUUUCUGGUGUUGGGAUAUAUAAGCCAGAUAAUAAUGAGGUUUAUACCGAAGAAUCAAAAACAUACGAAUUCGAUUUUUUUUCAAAAUUGUGUAUUGAAUGGGAAAAAGCAGCUAAAUUAUCUGGUGAAGAAACACGGUUGGUUACUAUAAGAAGUGGUGUUGUUCUUGGGCGAGAUGGUGGGAUGAUUAAACAGUUAUAUAUGCCAUUUUUCUUGGGUUUGGGGGGCCCUGUUAUGCCAGGCAAUCAAUAUUUACCGUGGAUUCAUAUUCAAGAUUUAUGUAGGUUGAUUAUUUUUGCUGUACAAUGUGCUAGUGUAACUGGGGUUCUUAAUGGAGUUGCGCCCGAACAAGUAACUAACAAACAAUUUACAGAUGCUUUUGCUAAAGCAAUGUCUAGACCAGCGUUCUUCCCUGUACCUACAUUUAUGUUGAACACUAUUCUCAGCGCGGAAAGAGCUAAAAUGUUAACUACUGGUCAAAAAGUUAAACCCCAACGUACAGAAUCGUUGGGUUUUAAAUUUUUGUACCCGAAAAUAGACGCUGCGUGCGAAGCUCUUACCAAACGUACGUGAAAUCUGUGAUCAAUAUUUUUUUUUGUUAAUUUAUUUGUUAUGUUAAUUGUUGAAAAUUUUGUUUGAAUAAAUUAAGUGACAGUUA